UUGGGCGCCCACUGUAUGCAAAUAGCUGUUUCUGCCACUUCCUUUCCUACCCACAUCCUGAAGCAGGGAGGGGAAGUGGGGAAGAAAAGGCAAAGAGGGCGUGGAGGUCGGCAGGUGGGCAUCUCCGGUCGCCUCCAGCCUCACCCCACUGCCGGCGCCGGCCACGCCCCCAGCCUCGCCCUAGCCCCCCAAACCCACUUUAAACUCCCGCCCCCUCUUAACGACGACCAAUGCCCGGCCGGGGAGCCCGAAGGAGACCGAGGAUUGGCCGGCGCGGCGGUUGCCGAGGUGACGGGUGGGUCCGGUGGGGACCCCGACCGCGGCGGGGGCGAGGGGUGCGCGGCGGCUUCCGCCCCCGAGCCGCGCCGGCUCCUGUCGCGCACCCCCUCCCCCCGCGUCCCAGCCCUCACCGCUCGGCUGCGGAAGGGGGCGACCCGGCUCUGCCCCCCUCCCCCCGGCCCGGCGCGCCCCGCGCGCCCCCCGCCGGCCUCCGGCUUGGGGCGCACCGCCCUCCGCCUCCGUCUCCGCCCCCAGGACCCGCGGCCGCCCGCUCCCGAGCGCGGCUUCCCCGGCCAGCGGCGCGAUGGGCUGCGGGAACUCCACCGCCACGAGCGCGGGCGCCGGCCGAGAACAGAAGAAUCGAUAACGGAAGAUGACAAGAGGAGAAACUAUGGAGGGGUAUAUGUUGGUCUCCCAUCUGAAGCUGUCAAUAUGGUAUCCAAUCAAACAAAGACUGUACGAAAAAAUUAGAAGAAAAUAUCAUGACUCAAUGAUCAAGAGCUUGCUCGUUAAGAUUUGGAAGGAAUUGCACCCCAUGGGACAUCAUAAUGUGCACAGAAAUUCCCGAGGAAAUUCUAAAUAGUCACCUGCUUCGCCUCCCCUCCCCACCCAGAUUCCUAAGUCUGUAGUUGAAACAUGGGUACAUGUUGAAUGUCGUGGUGCUAGACAGGAAGUGGGUGAACAGUACAUGGGCAGAUGGGACUUUCUGGGGUCCACCUGUGGAAGACAAGCUGACACAAGCUGGUGCCUGGAGCCAGCCUGCUAUGCCUGGCAGCAUCGUCACCUUGGCCACUCGACACAGCUCAUGAAGAUCAUGUCUUUUCACUGAUACUUUUUUGAUAGUUUUUAUAUAACAAAAUCCUUAUUCUAGUUAUGACUUCAGAUACUAAGGCACUAUACGUGAACUCCCUAAAGUAAUAUAUUUGUGUGUUACCUUUCACUAUUUUUAGGUCACGUUAAUUUUUAGCUGUAAUAAUGGUUAAGUUGAUUCUUACUGUUACCUCUUUCCCUUUUUUACCUUUUGGUUUUCAGCUUUAUGUAAGCGUCAGAGAAUUUCUUCAGUUGGGAACGGUGUGUCUUAUGUUGCAAUAUUUAAAAAUAAGCCACUGAAAUUUGCAUGCCCCACGCGUGUUUCGAUUAACUUUGUUUUCUUUAGCCGAAGGCUCAUGUCACCCUGGAUCCUUCGUAUCCAUCGAUUCUCCCGUUCUCAUCAUGUUAAUUCUAUACUCUCUUCGAGGAUUUGUGACUGAUGGUUCGUGGGGUGUAUGGAAAGUUCUUUAUUUGAGGAUGUGUGGCCGCUUAGUAUUGCAAUGUAGAUUACUCAGUUUACCGAUGUAUUUCAACAAUUAAAACAUUUUUAAUCCCUCUUCA